CCCCCCAUUUUUAUAACACUGGUCCAUAACCUACUCUCUUUUCAUAUUCCCUGCAUUCCUCUCAAGGGAUUCCUUUUGAUUCUACCCGCCUCUCCCCAAUUAUCCAAGCUUCUCCAUUCCUUUUUGACAUAUUAUGGUCCAGCUUGCAUAUUCCCUGCGGUUUGCACCACCUAUUUCAUCGCACUAUCGACCAACGCAAACUCCAACGCAAAUAUUACAAGGACACUGUAAUCACAUUUCAACACGUUAUGGAUGUCAAGCCGUGUUAACGCCCAUUGACACUGUAACCCUCAAACGGCCUUCCCAGCAAUGCGACUAUAACUUGACCAUCACUGGUCCUGCCGCCCAAGUAGUGGCGGCACGUGGUGACCUUAUCCGAGACAAUCCGCUCCUGGUCAUGGCCAGCAUUAAUACCUCUCGUUCUGACCUUUAUACCGACACCGGUGUAAUCAAGGACGCCAUACACCCUCUCCUCGACAAGAUCUCGAAAGAAACUAAUGUCAGCGUCAACGUUGAGAUCACGGGCCAAAUGCCUGCCUCUGGUCUGCAAUCCGAGAAUGGAGCACGAAUAAACAUUCAGGGUUCACCAGAGUCAGUUGAGUAUGCUCGUAUUCAAGCCCUUGUCUUGCUUGACGAACUGGCUGGUUUGCGCACAGACACCAUCGAUAUACCUGCAAGACUGCAUAAUCUCGUGUGCGGACGCAAGCGAUGUUAUCUUCAAUCCAUCAUGGAGGAAACCUCCACCAACAUUUAUUUGCCUUCAGCUUUCACCAAUGUUAAUCACCCAGAAAUGUCUGUUCAAGACGAUCUUCAUCAUCAUCAAAGUGCACGUAUUUAUGUUACUGGAACUCCUUCUUCCAUCACUCGAGCAAAAGAUAUGUUAAACAAGUUAUAUGUUCAAAAGACCAAAUCAAUGUACCAAAAGGAUUCUAUAUUACAUCCUCGGAAAGGAGAUUGGCUUUUGAUGCAUCGAAGAGAUGAUUUACUUGCUAUUAUGGAAGAUAAUGCGUCUUUCAUUAUAUUUUCUACUCCCGGUUCAGGAAAUAAUAUGAUCACGGUGUUUGCUGAAAGUCGUGUCAAUGCAGAAAGAACGUUGAGGGCAUUAAACCAUUUGGCUUGUAAUGUCUAUGAGGCAACCUUCUUUUUCUAUGCACGAAAUGGUCCAAUGUAUUCGGCUGAAGGCGCCAACUUCUUCAAUUCCAUGUCCAACCUUAGUACUCUUGUAUUGCAAUUAUCUCAAAUCUCCGGAGCUGAAGUCGCCUACAAGACAGAAACGGGUAGCAUUGAAGUGAUUGGUUCUGAGCGGGCGAUUCGUAAUGUUUAUCAGCAUAUAAACGGUAUGAAUCUACUCAAGGUUUACCACCAUGAUACCAUCUUCCUUGUGGAGCUAUCAAAUGAACAACGUGAAUUUAUCAGCGGGAAAAAGAGCGGAAAAAUUAACAAAAUCAUGAAGACGUCGGGUGUCAAAAUCAAAUUUUUGCCGUUCAGCGAAUACAACUUCGUGAUUGAAGUUCAAAGUACCAGCUUCGUCAAGGCAUUGGAUGGUUUGACUCUGCUACAGGAAGAAUUGCCGGCUGAAAUUUCGUUUUACGUUCCCGAGGCUUAUCACAAACGUAUCAUCGGCGUGGGUGGCAAAAAUAUUCAACGCAUCAUGAAAAAAUAUGGAGUCUAUGUCAAGUUUUCAAAUGCUGAAGAGUUUGCGGCGCUAGGCGGGUAUUAUGAUAAUGACGACAACGUGGUUGCUCGGACGCCAAUGAAAAACCAGAUCAACCUGGAUAAUUUGCGCCAUGCCGUGAUGGAAUUGAUCAGCUCCAAGGACAAGGAUUAUACGACGAAAGAAAUCACCAUACCUCAUCAAUACCACCGAAUUAUGGUCAUGAAUCAUGCUCAAGAAAUUCACGAUAUCGAACAACGAACCAAUACGAGAAUCCGAUGGCCCAAGCGAGAAUUAUCAUCUGACGCAGUUGUACUACAUGGACCAGAAUCCCAACUUUCUAUAGCAUCGCAGUUACUGUCAGAACUUAUCCCAGAAGAAUAUUAUCUACGCGUACCUUAUUCCACAACCCUUGGCGUGGUUACAGGAUCCGAUGACUUUAAGGAAAAGGUGGUGAAUCGUAUUCGACAGGAAUUCAACAUCCACCUCCACCUUCCUGAUACAGCUGCUGGUAACGAGCAUCUUGAAUUGGAACCGUCCACUUCGACCGGCAACAAGCGAUCUUCUUCUCGAACAUCGUUAUCACGAUCGGAUGCCACUCCCAUCUCGUCACCAGAGACACCUACUUCAUCUUCAGCCUGUGUUCAGUCGGAUCUUGAAACCAAUGGCCAGGAUUAUGUGUUCACCUUCCAAUUUAAUUGUAGCGCCAUGGACACCCUUCCCAAUGCUGUCUCGGUAUUAAAGAAAUACCUUCAUGCUUAUCAAAUUACUACCUACCCAGAAUCUACUACGACCAUGGAACGACCUAAAAGUGAUUCCUUUGCCGGAACAUUUGCACCGUUUAACAACAAGUUGUUUGGUGCUCAACUGCAAAGUACCAGCAGCACGACGACUAGUUCAUCGCAACCGGAUGUCACUGUUCCAUCUUCGGCCUUUUCAACUUAUAGUUUAUUCGACUAUUCUAGCAGUAAUGCUUUUGAUACCCAUUGGAAACCUAUUAGAGAAUCCACAUCAUCUUCACCUGACAAUCUGAGAGCCAUCUUUGAUAAGAUGUCAGUGUCUGACCAUCCUGUCACUGGAUUAAUGCCUCAGCAAAACCAUAGUACACCUGUGCGUAAUACCAAUUUAUCAUUUGGUCGAACCUUACCCAUGCCAUCUUCAUCCCAGGUCGCGGAUAUAUGGACCCAAGGACCGAUCGGUGGAUCCAAUAAUCCACCCGCACCACCUACCAUGCAUACAAGCUUCUCUGGACCCAUGGACACCACUUUACCAUUGUUAGGCAAUUAUCCUCCACCUGGUACCUUUGAUCUUUCAUCUCCUCGUAAUUUAUACCCGCUGCAAAGUCAAUAUGGAGGAGCCGGCGUCAACACUAGCCCCAAUAUUACUACGGCAGGCAAUGACGAUAAUGAACCAUUGCUUCAUCACUUGGCUCACCCCACUGCUUCUUCAUCCACGGAUACCACCAGUUCCAUGGCCAGUUCAAGAUCUAUGCCUGAAGCGAUGCUCGACCGUGAUGCUAAGCCUUUACCACAAACCUCCAAUAGUGCAGGCAUCGUGGUCCGACCUCCUACUAGCAGUUCUUCCACCCCCAUGCGAUCGAAAUCCUGGUUCGUCACACCUCAGAAUGGGACCCCUCCACCACCUCUGAUGCGUGCCAGUAGUAGUGGAUCCUCCUCAUUCUCUUCAGCCCCUUCCAACCCUGCCCUCUUCAGUUAUCUUGGAGGAGGUCCAGUCAGUCACGAUACGCAUAGACCAUCCCCUGCAGAGGAUACCAAUCAACGCUCAUCUUGGAAUACCCAUACCGGUAGCCAUACGGCUGCUCCUAAUGGCUGGUCCAAUGCUCAUGACGGGACUGAAUCCAAAUCAGACUGGUCAUUUGUACCGACCUGAUCAGAAAAGCUUGUUUUAAUACAUUAAGUUAUUUUUUUUUCUUUCUCUCUUCGCUCUCUCUCGUAAACACUACUUCGCAAACCCAAAUGUUUUCUUUCUUUGCCGUUGACCUUGUUAAAUAG